AUGCCCGAGAACCUCUGGACUCGCACGCCUCUCAUUGAGUCCUCAUCUCUCUCCUCGGCAGCAGGAUGUAGAAUAUUCCUCAAGCUAGACAAUUACCAGCCAUCCGGAUCCUUCAAAUAUCGCGGCAUCAGCCACCUGAUGCAAAGCGCCCUUCUCAAUCGUGAUUCCGACUCCCUCACACAACUUCACUACUACUGCUCCUCGGGUGGAAAUGCUGGUGUCGCUUGUGCAACAGCCGCUCGUUCGAUGGGAUACCCAGCUACAGUCGUCAUCCCACUUGCUACAUCUCCAUUCCUGGUCAAUAAAAUCCGGUCCCUAGGAGCUAUAGUACACCAAGUUGGCGCGAGCUGGGCCGACGCUGACCGGUAUCUAAAAGAGAACUUGCUGUCAAAAGAUCCACGUGGCUUCUACGUUCCACCAUUUGAUAAUCCCAUCAUCUGGGAAGGUGCGUCGUCGAUGUUCGAGGAGGUCUAUGAGCAGAUGGAAGACGAGGAGGGUAUUGAUGGUGUUGUGUGCAGCGUUGGUGGUGGGAGCUUGUUGACCGGAAUCAUGACUGCUAUUGAGCGCAACUUCACACCUUCUUUGCGGAGACCACAGCCACCGAGGGUGCUGGCGGUAGAGACUCGAGGAGCAGAGAGUUUGAAUGCGAGUCUGAAGGGAGGAAAGCACAUUACACUGCCGAAGAUCACAAGUAUAGCCACGUCUUUGGGCGUUGUUCGUGUGGCUUCUCGUGCGUAUGAGCUGGCCCAGCGGAGCAAUGUCACGAGUCUGGUGCUAAGUGAUGCGGAGGCUGCGAUGGGAUCGGUCCGGUUUGCUGAGGAUGAGAAUACCCUUGUUGAAGUUUCGUGUGGGGUUGGUUUGGCGGCUGUCUACAAUGGUGAGCUGAGGAAAGCCAUGGGAAGCAACAUGAGUGAUGAUGAGUGGCGAAAGAUGAAGAUCGUGGUCGCUGUGUGUGGUGGUAGUGAUGUGACGCCGGAGUUGCUGGAAAAGUACAGACAAAAGUACUCAGCGGAAGCUCCUAACGUCAUGAGGCGAACGCCAGAUGAGGGUGUUUCCUUUGGCAACUUCGCUGGACGAAGGUGCAGUCAGAGUCUCGGAGUACUUGGUUUCGAUAUAUCCUUGUCGGAGAAGGAAGAGUCUUUAUAUAGCGUCAGGCCCUAUGAGGUUGCCUGUUAA